AUGGAAGGAAGUUACAAUCGAUGUCAAAAAUUUCUACUCGUGUUUCGUCGUCUUUGGAGGUUUAAAUAAUAAAUUUGGUGGAUGGGAAGUCAUGGAGGAGUGGCCGCUGAGGGACACGCGUCGGAUGAGACUAAAACAUAUGGAAGAUUACGGCCGCAACAGCACCGCUCACUAUCACCACCGCCAUGGUGAAGGCGGCGGCCGGGGGGGCUCGGUGGCGGCUCCCUUCGUGCUGAAGACUUAUCGGAUGGUGGACGAUCCGUCGACGGACACCGUCAUAGGAUGGGGCCACGACAACAACAGCUUCGUCGUCGUGGACCCUUUCGCUUUUUCGCAGGCGCUCCUCCCUUCCAACUUCAAGCACAGUAACUUUUCCAGCUUCGUCCGCCAGCUUAAUACUUACGGUUUUCGCAAGGUGGAUCCGAAUCGGUGGGAAUUCGCGCACUCGUCGUUCCUGCGUGGCCAGACGCAUCUGCUGAGGCUAAUAGUUCGGAGGAACAGCGGUAGCAGUGGGAAGAAGAAGGAGGAGGGGUGGGAGGAGGAGGAAGUGGAGGAGGAGGAGGAGAAGGUGGCAGCGGAGGUGGUGAGGCUAAAGCAGGAGCAGAGGAGGAUCGAGGAGAGAAUGGAAGGGAUGUGGACCAGGGUGCAGGAGACAGAGCGCCGGCCGAGGCAGAUGCUGGCGUUUCUAGUCAAGGUGGCCGGAGACUCCAAGCUACUGGACCAUCUCCCUGGCCUUGCGACGGACGCCAUCGAGGGAGGCGCGAAGCGAGCCAGGCUCUGUUCCGGGACCGACAAAGGGGACUUUGCUGGCGGUAGGAAUCAGUUUGGCGCAUGGGCAGGGAUUCAAGACGGAGAAGAAGCACAUGAGGCGUACAUGGGGACGUCGGUCGAUCCGGUCGUUGUAGGCGGAGGACCAACGACUGUGGGCAUUGUAUGCAGAGGACCAACAGCUUUUCCUCUCUCUUUUCCAGCGGAGAAUGGGCUUUAGCUUUUGCUAGUUUGGCUCUGUUUUUUUUCCCCAACUCUUCUUGCAGUCUCCUCUGUUUUGUUUUUCUCCAUUUCCUGUGAUCGUUUUGUAUCCUUCUGUAAGUUUUCAUCAGAAACACCAGUUCUUGAUAAGAUUCGAUGGAA